CCGCUUUCUGGACAGCAGAUCGCACGCUAAUGAUCCACUGGCAUUGCCUGGCAUAACACCAUGGCUCGGGCGCGGAGGCGCCAACGAAUGUGCGACAGGUGUCGCACGAGGAAUGGCAAUAUCAAGUGCGACGGGAGCCCUGCGAAUGUACCUUGCACUUUUUGCAAAGAACAGAACCGGCCAUGCCACUUUUCAAAGAUAACGUCCACGACCAGAAAAGGAUCAUCGGGCGUGGCUGCAAUAGAUGGUCGAGCUUUUCUGGGGAAGAAGCGUGUGGAUGUUCUUGUGGCGGGGGAUGCCUCCAGAACAAGAAGGGUGGGCGAUCGAAAAGUUGCCGGGAGAGUCGCGACGUACAGUCGCCUAUCCAUGGAGAAUGGACUAAAAGGCCGUCAAGUUUUCAAUACACUAGUCCGCAAUUGGGAAGGCUUGCCCACUGACAGAGGGCAGCCCUUACCUGUUUUGACUUUGCAUCACGGUGGAAAGGCUUCCGAAAACCAUGAAGGUCCUCGAGAAGCAGAUAAUCUUGCAAAUGCGCCAAAUGAUGAAAGACCUCAAGAUAGUGGCCAGCUUGAAGAUGCCGAAAGGAUCGUGAUGGAAGAUAUAGAUACGGCCGUUCUAGACCAACAAGACGUUUCACAAAACAAUCCAAAUUUUGACUCCAUCCGUUUUCGGUUGCCGAGUUCUGAGCUCUUGGACGCCAUCCACCUGUACUCCUCUCAGUUGUACAAUACUGAUACAGAACAUUUGCCCCUAUUUGAAGAUGGGACACUGCAGGAUAUGUUUUACUCCAUGAAUGGCUCGGCUUUGAUCGCUCUGGGAAUACUGGCCCAAGAAUAUAUGCGGAAUCUCUUACCUUCAGCAAAAGGAAAGCAAUUGACAGAUGAGCAAUGUGCAAUCGCACCGGCGUUCGAUGACAUCGUUGGAUCUGCCCCACCGGAUACUGUUGGCGUGGCUGAAAAAGAUCGUAGAUAUGUGUACAAGUCAGCGUUGAGAGAUCUGGGUACUGCAAUAGGGGAAGGGUGGGUUGAUGCAUCCGAUGAAGAUGCGGAUGUUUCGAACGAUGACGAAGAGUAGGGAUGGGAAUCAUUGUAUAUAUUAUUGGGAAACACUUAAAUGCAGACAGGAUCACUCAAUUACGCCUGUCGGUGUAAUCACGUAAUGCGGUUUCUGGUCGAAGGACUCCCGUGGGACAGGCGAUUCGAUAACUUGCUCAGACAGUGCCAACGCCACUAUUGCGCAAGAAUCAGGGAAGCAGUAUGGGAACUCCCUGCGUUGAGAGACAUACCUGUAAUUGGUGGUGGUUUUCCUGCUGAUGCGGACCAGUCCGCGACUUUUCGAAGAUAGCGGUCGUAGUAUCUGUAGACGUAACCCGAUCAAUCUCUGAGUAGCAUAUAGAAUAAAUAAGGAAGAUCCUCAC